UAGUCUUACUAUAAGCCCUCCCACUGCCAAUCCUUUCUUACCUUCCAAUAAUUGCAUUUCGUUCAAUACUCCUUUUACACAAAUAAAUUCAGCAUCGACCCAUCACAACUAAGGAAUCCCCACCCCCACCACCACCCAAGUCCUAUAUCUAUCUUACCUCUGUGGUUAACGACAGAGAUAGAUACAAUGAAUCCUGGACAAGUCAUCCUGAUAGGAUCAACAAUAUGUGUGAUGCUUACUGCGCAUUUCUCAGUGCAACUUAUCUCGGAACAUCUUUUCCAUUGGAAGAAGCCGAAGGAGCAAAAAGCCAUAGUAAUUAUCACACUUAUGGCCCCCAUAUAUGCUAUUGACUCCUUUGUUGGUUUGUUAGAUUUUCAAGGGAGCAAAGCGUUCUUUAUGUUCUUGGACUCGGUUAAGGAAUGCUAUGAGGCUCUGGUGAUAGCCAAGUUCUUGGCAUUGAUGUACAGCUACUUGAACAUAUCCAUAAGCAAAAAUAUAGUGCCAGAUGAGAUCAAAGGAAGACAGAUUCAUCAUUCAUUUCCAAUGACACUUUUUCAGCCUCACACUGCUCAUUUGAACCACAAUACAUUGAAGCUUCUUAAGUACUGGACAUGGCAGUUUGUUGUGAUUCGCCCUGUGUGUUCCAUCUUGAUGAUAACUCUUCAACUUGUUGGAGCAUAUCCCAGUUGGGUCAGCUGGACAUUCACAAUCAUUCUUAACAUUUCAGUAUCAUUGGCUUUGUACUCUCUUGUUGUUUUCUACCAUGUGUUUGCUAAGGAGCUGGCACCACACAAUCCUCUUGCCAAGUUUCUAUGCAUUAAAGGGAUUGUCUUCUUCUGCUUUUGGCAGGGUAUUGUGCUGGAUAUUCUUGUAGCAUUAGGUAUAAUCCGAUCUCAUCAUGUCUGGCUAGAUGUGGAGCAUAUUGAGGAAGCCCUCCAAAAUUUAUUGGUGUGUGUGGAGAUGGUUUUCUUUGCUGCUUUUCAGCAAUAUGCAUACAAUGUUGCACCAUACAGAAACAAUGACACAUCAAGCGUGAAAUUAGAUAAAAAGAAAGAGUGAUUGGAAGUUGGAACCCGCACCAAUGUGGAUGAGAACUUUGAAGUACUGAUAGAAAUGAAUGAUGCUCGUUAUAGCUGUCUCAUGAGGAAUGAUGAUAUUUAUUAACGAGACUAAACGUUUUUUUUUUUUUUUUGGGAGAAACAAUGAGACUAAACUUAGUUGUUGUUGUUAUACAAUAUGGUGCAUGUUGCACCUUUAUCAAAAUUAUUUAGAAUUUUA